GUGCUUGCACGGCCCCUCGGGGUCAACACGGGGGUCACACUGGCGACCGUAGCCUCCCGCUACUGCCCGGCGUUCGGCAUAUAUCGAGGCAUGUACGUACUGGCUUCAGAGGCACCGACGUUCAUCUCCGUCAUGCGGCGUCGACUUUUGUCCGUCUGCGAUGGCGCUAUCCAUUCCGUGCACGUUGUGCAGCAUGCAGAAGCAAUCCACACAGAAUCGCAUGUCGAAAGACGAGUGGUUGCGCCGUGGAUGCAUUCCAUGAGCAGAUGCGACAACUCGGCCGGAGGUGCGUGCCACACAAACCUGCGCGACUAAAAGACCUUGCCAUCUGAUGCGCAUCGCCAAAUACCAGCGAUGCCAUUGGUCGACCACUUUUGGAAUUGUCAUGUGGGGGCUUCGCCGCGUUGUUGUCGCCGCUGCACGAGGUGGGCGACGGCGGGCUCGACAGUUGAGCAUGGAUGCAUUCCUUGCAUUCGAGCGCGAGCUGGCACGAAAGAAGCGCAGUGUGAGUCCGCCGCCACGACCUCGUCGACUGGAGCCACCGACGCCGCCGCGUGAUGGCGAGUGCUGCAACUUGAACUGCCCCAAUUGCGUUCUACUCGUCUAUCAUGAGCAACUUCUCGAAUACGAAGACAGCGUUCGAUGGGAAGAGGGGACUUCGGUCAAAGAGACUGGAACAUGCGACCGACCGACGCCAUCCGACGUAACACUCACGUGGGCGAGUCCAGCGGAGGCGUUGGCAUGGGGCGCGCACGGUCCAUGGGUCCGUCCACCGCGCGGGGUGUCCCCGAGUCGAGUUGUCGCCAACCGCGUCCUGACAACGACGCCGCAUCGAUCGGUGCAUCACAUUCAAGUCGAGCAUGCGCCAGAAAUGUACCACACAGCGGGAAACUGGAACGCGUACGUGCCAAAUGCGGACACCGUCGUGUCGCGAUGCCUCGAUCGAUUGUCGUUGCCACCAGGGGCGGACGCCUCGACCGCCGUCGUCCAAAUCAAUCCUGGCCACACAAAAUCCUAUCCCAUCCACGAAUGGUUGUCGUUAACGUCUCUGUUGACGUGGUACGUGGACCUGAUGUCGCCCCCGACACCACGUACGCUUCGGCGCCUCAGUGCGCUCGCGACCGCGCCAACCGAGCAAACGCGAUUGAUCGACCUCGCAGCGGACACAUCACGGUCCCUGUCGUCGUUUGCCGACGUGCUCGACGACUUCCCGUCCAUCGUGCUGUCCGCCGAAGCCUGCCUUAGUCUGGCACCACCGCUCUUGCCGCGCAGCUACACGAUUGCGUCCUCGUCCAAGCAGGACCCGACUACGAUUGCCCUCACUGUCGCUGUGAAGGCACCGCCGCUACAUGGUCGGUGUUCGACGCACUUGGCCUCGUCUCGGCCGCAUGCCUGUCGAAUCUACGGAGCCGCGGCGCCUUCGAGCUUUAGUGAGCACUGGCGCGCUCACUUUCCCCCGUCGACGCCGCAGCUGUGGAUUGCCACGGGCACAGGCAUCGCUCCUUUUCGCGGGCUCCUUGAAGAGUUAUCCCACGUCGAGAAGCGCCCGCCCGUUGCAUUGUACUAUGGCUGCCGGAAUCCAUCAGACGAGCUCUACCACAACGAGUUGACCGGAGCGCUCGCCCAGCGCGUUCUGCAGAGUUACACCCCCGUGUACUCGCACACACCGCCAUCGUCCCACUCGCCAUCGUUGCCGUGGCACGUGGGCGACAAGCUGAAACAAGAUGCGGCGGCCAUCUUCAACUACCUCGAGCACGGAACCGUGUACGUGUGUGGGUCGAUGGCGAUGGGCCGUGACGUGAAUCGGGCGCUGGUGGACUGCCUCACGAGCCAGCGCGGGUGGACGGCGGACAGAGCCAAAACCUACUUGAAAACGCUUCAAGUCGCUGGGCGGUACGUGGCCGAAGUAUGGUGAGCCCUGUGCAGAUAUGGGGUCGAAUCGGGACAAAUGCAUCGUUUUAUGGCGGCGUGCAACGAUUCAAAAUUCGUCGAGUUAGCCGAGUAGAUAGCGCGUCGUUGGGUCUUCAUGGCGAUGACGUAGUUCUCGCAUCAUGGCGACUGUCAUCGCAGCCGAUGCGCCAAACAUGAUGGCCGCUGCGGCCCAGUGCAGUCCAUGCGGUUU